AUUUAAUUUAUAGAUUAUUUUUUAAUUUAGGAAAAAAAAGAAAGCAUAUAUAAAUUAAAAUAUCUUUUUUUUUUUAUUUUUUUUUUUUAGUAAUUACUUGUGUGUGUGUGUUUAUUUUAAAAUAAUAAUCAUCAUUAAGUGAAAAUAAUAAUUAAUUAAUAAUAAAUAAAAUAUACUAUAAAAAUGAAUUUCAAAACUAAAUUAAGUGAGUAUUUGGAAAAAAAUACAAAAACAUCAAAUAUCGAACUUUUAAAUGACUAUAGAAUUGGUAUUGAGGCAAUGCCAUGGUUAUUAAAAUUACCAGUUCAAGAACCAUUUCAAAUUACUAUGGGUGGUUUACCAUUAACUCUUGCAGAUACAUUACAAAAGGAAUUAGAUAAAUUUAAAAAAGCAAAUAUUAAACCAUUCUUCUUAUUUAAUGGUCUCAGUAUUAUCAAGGAAAGAACUUUUGCAAACCCAACCAACAUACGUUCUCAAAAAUUAGCAACUGCAUGGGAUGCAUAUUAUAAAGAACAAUACACCGCUGCAGAAAAAUGUUUCCAAGAGUCUGAAAAAAAUUUAUUAUUAUCAUUUAUACAUUAUAUUAUUCAAUUUUUUAAACAAAAGAAUAUAGAGUUUUUUAAAGCACCAUAUUUUGCAGGACCACAAUUAGCAUUAUUUAGUGAACCAUCAUCAAAGAAUUAUUUAAAUGCAGUUUAUGGUUCACAAGAAUUACUUUUAUAUGGAGUUUAUCGUUUAAUUACUGAUAUCGAUUAUGAAAAAGGUGCAUAUAGUUGGGUAGAUUUAAAAUCAAUUCUUUCAGAAUUACAACUCUCUCAUGAUCAAUUCAUCGACGCUUGUUUACUUUGUGGUUUCGAGUAUUGUCCAACUUUCCCAGUUUUAAUUCAAUCAUUUGGAAAAGAAUAUAGUUUUAAGAAUGCUUGUGAUAUGGUUAGAAAUUAUCAUACAGGUUUAGAUACUAUUAGAACUUAUCUUAUGGGUCCACAAUUAGAUAAAUAUCUUGAUCAAUUUAGUAAAGCAAAAGGUUUGGUUCACAGUCAUUUGGUUUAUUAUACAGCAUGUUUAUGUGACCCAAUAUAUCCAAAAGACAUGUAUUCAAAUAGAAAUUUUUAUUACAGUUUAAGUUCAAUUUUUGGUCCAAGAUUACCAAAUGAUCUUUACUUUUAUAUUUCACAAGGUGUUAUAAGUCCACAAGUUAUCAAUAACUUCACUAGUGGUAUUCUAAUGGAACCAUUCCCAACUAUCGAGUCUGGAGAGUAUUGUAAAAUGUUAGAUUAUUUAAAGAGUGUCAGAACUACCACCCUUGGUUUAUUAUCAAAUUGUUUAAAUGAUGAAUUAAAGAACAAACCAAUUAAAACUAUAAGAUGGUUUGAACCAAAGGAAUUUGAUAUGCCACAUAGCACAUCAUUAAACGAAUUUCGUGAGUUUACAGGCGGUAACAUUAAAGUACCACAAGAAAUUACAACUCUUUUAGCAAAUAAUAGUGUUUCAUUUGGAUUUGUAGCUAAACAUUACCAAACAUUACAUAAUUCAAUCAUAAAUUCAGAAAAUGAAGAAAAUAUAGCACAGAUCAAAGAUAGAGAAGAAGGUAUUUUUAUUACAUUAGCACAAACUUUAAAGAUGAUUGGAUAUUUCAAUAAUAGCGAAAAUAAAAAAUUCCAAUUCUCUCAGUGUCUUGAAAAAAUUUCAAAUUCCAAACUACAAGAACCAACCGUUCUUUUAAUAGAGUUAUUAAGAUCAGGUGUACUCUCAUCAGAAACAUUAAAAGUACCAAAAUCAACAUUUGAGGGUUUAUCAACACCCACCGUUUUAUUAAUUUCAAGAGUUUUAAGUCUUGUACCAAGCCAAUUAAAUAAUGAUCCAUGGGGUGGACCAAUUGAUCACGAUUUAAUGGGUUUCCAUGAAAUCACUCGUACUCUCUACAAAUCAUUAAGAAAUCUUGUUGAACUCACAGCUUUAUCCCACUUUUUAACUUUUAGAAUUGUAUUACAACCAUCAGAAUACUUUACCUUUUCAACAAAACUUCCAUUUUUCCUUCAACCAAGUGCAAGUAUGGGUCUUUUAGUUAAAGGUCUUUUAUUAGAUGAUUUAUCAUUAGAAAACUUAGAAGAAAAUUUCCCAAAUUUCACAAAUAUCAAAGAAGAUUUAGAUUUAGCCUCAGAAUUCUGGGAUAUUGCAUUCAAUGUUGUUUCAACUCUUAAUAACGAGGGAGUUGUUACUAAACAAAUUUAUGACUCUUUCGUCGAAGCCGAUAAACAAUGGAAGGAAAGCAGAAAAAAUUUUAAAUAAUUUAUUACCAAUAAUUUAAAAAUCAAAAUAAUAAUCAAAACAAUUGUUUAGUUUUCAUUAAAAUUAAAAAAAUAAUAACUAUAU